GGAGGCAGCGCUCGUCCAAUCAGCGUCGACUCCUUCAGUGCCGGCAAAUCAUAUUCCUUGAUCCAUGUUGUGUUUCUGGACUAAACCGAAAUAAGAAGGAACAACUGUGAACACGUUUCCCUGAGAAACACAAACAGGAUCAUUUCCACAUCUGUCCCAUACAGCAGAGGUAUGGAUGCAGAGGGCUUCGGGGAUCUGCUCCAGCAGGCAGAGCAGCUGGCUGCAGAGACAGAAGCAGUGUCAGAGCUGCCUCAUGUUGAGAGGAACCUCCAGGAGAUCCAGCAGGCAGGGGAGAGGCUCCGAUCUCGCACGCUGACCCGCACCUCACAAGAUGCCGCCGACGUGAAAGCGUCGAUCCUCCUCGGCUCCAGAGGUUUAGAUAUCUUUCACAUCUCUCAGAGGUUGGAAAGUUUAAGUGCUGCCACAACCUUUGAGCCCCUGGAGCCUGUCAAGGACACUGACAUACAGGGCUUCCUGAAGAAUGAGAGGGACAACGCCCUGUUGUCGGCCAUUGAGGAGUCUCGUCGCAGGACGUUCCUGUUGGCGGAGGAGUACCACCGCGAGUCCAUGCUGGUCCAGUGGGAGCAGGUGAAGCAGAGAGUUCUGCACACGCUGCUCGGAGCAGGAGAGGACGCACUCGACUUCAGUCAAGAUGUGGAGCCGAGCUUUGUGAGUGAAGUGACGGCUCCGGGAAGGAGUGCGUUGGACAGCGUGGAGGUGGCCUAUGGACGACAGAUCUACAUUUUCAAUGAGAAGAUAGUGAAUGGUCAUAUUCAGCCCAACCUGGGAGACUUGUGUGCUUCUGUUGCUGAAAGCCUGGAUGACAAGAACGUAUCAGACAUGUGGCUGAUGGUUAAGCAGAUGACAGACGUGUUGCUGGUGCCAGCUAAAGACACACUCAAGAGUCGCACAUCAGUUGAAAUGCAAAUGGCCUUUGUACGUCAGGCACUCAGCUUCCUUGAGAACAGUUAUAAAAACUACACCAUGGUUACGGUAUUCGGAAACCUUCAUCAGGCCCAGUUAGGAGGGGUGCCAGGAACGUACCAACUAGUCCGCAGCUUCCUCAACAUUAAACUACCAGGUCCCCUGCCUGGCAUGCAGGAUGGGGAGAUAGAAGGCCACCCAGUGUGGGCUGUGAUCUACUACUGCCUGCGUUGUGGAGACCUGAAUGCAGCCAUGCAGGUGGUGAACCGAGUGCAACAUCAGCUCGGAGACUUCAAGACCUGGUUCCAGGAGUAUAUGAACAGCCCCGACAGACGCCUUUCACCAACUUCGGAGAACAAGCUUCGUCUCCACUACCGCAGAGUGCUGAGGAACAGCGCUGACCCCUACAAGAGAGCCGUCUACUGCCUGAUCGGGAAAUGUGACAUCAGUGAUAACCAUGGAGAGGUAGCAGACAAGACUGAAGACUACCUCUGGCUUAAGUUGAACCAGGUGUGUUUUGACGAUGACGGCAGCAGCUCUCCUCAGGACAGACUGACCCUGCCGCAGCUCCAGAAACAGCUGCUGGAGGACUACGGAGAGUCUCACUUCUCUGCCAGCCAGCAGCCCUUCCUGUAUUUCCAGGUGUUGUUCCUGACGGCUCAGUUCGAGGCGGCGGUGGCUUUCUUGUUUCGUGUUGAGAGACUGCGGAGUCAUGCCGUGCACAUGGCGUUGGUGCUGUAUGAACUGAGGCUGCUACUGAAGUCGUCUGGCCAAAGUGCUCAGCUGUUGAGUCAGGAGCCUGGGGAUCCUCCCAUGGUACGCCGCCUCAACUUUAUCCGUUUGCUCAUGCUUUACACUCGCAAGUUUGAGUCCACAGAUCCACGGGAAGCUCUGCAGUACUUCUACUUCUUACGUAAUGAGAAGGACAGCCAGGGAGAAAACAUGUUCAUGCGUUGUGUCAGUGAGCUUGUUAUUGAGAGUCGAGAGUUCGACAUGCUGUUGGGGAGAUUAGAGAAGGACGGCAGCAGGAAGCCGGGAGUCAUAGAUAAGUUUGCUGGCGACACCAGAGCGAUCAUCAGUAAAGUGGCUCUAGAGGCAGAGAACAAGGGCUUGUACGAGGAGGCAGUCAGACUCUACGAGCUCGCCAAGAAUCCAGAUAAGGUGUUGGAGCUAAUGAACAGACUGUUGAGUCCGGUUAUUGCCCAGGUCAGUGCUCCUCAGUCCAACAAGGAGAGGCUGAAAAACACAGCAGUGGCCAUUGCUGAGAGGUACGCA